AUGCAGCUUUACCCGCGCGGGUCUGGGGCCCUGAUCCCCGAGCCCCUCACGCCCCCACAGUCACCUGUGGGCAGGGUGCUGGCGGGGAACACGCUCGUGUGCGUGAGCGUGGCGGCCGAGCGCGCCCUGCAGACGCCCACCAACUACUUCAUCGUGAGCCUGGCGGCCGCCGACCUCCUACUCGCCCUGCUCGUGCUGCCCCUCUUCGUCUACUCCGAGGUCCAGGGUGGCGUGUGGUUGCUGAGUCCCGGCCUCUGCGACGCGCUCAUGGCCAUGGACGUCAUGCUGUGCACUGCCUCCAUCUUCAACCUGUGCGCCAUCAGCGUGGACAGGUUCGUGGCCGUGGCGGUGCCCCUGCACUACAACCGCCAGAGCCACGGGGGCCGCCAGCUGCUGCUCAUCGGUGCCACGUGGGUGCUGUCGGCGGCUGUGGCGGCGCCUGUGCUGUGCGGCCUCAACGACGCACGGGGCCGCCAUCCCGCCGUGUGCCGCCUGGAGAACCGCGACUACGUGGUCUACUCAUCCGUGUGCUCCUUCUUCCUGCCCUGCCCGCUCAUUGUCCCGGCCCCUGAUUCUGAUUCCAUCCGGGUCCCCGACGACGCCAACUGGGUCCCUGACGACGCCAACCGGGUCCCUGACGUUACCACACCCCCUGGCACCAACCUGCCCCCUGUCUCCAUCCCCACCCCUGGCUCCACCACGGCCGAGCCCCAGCCGCAGGCCUACAGGAGACGAGCCAAGAUCACGGGCCGGGAGCGCAAGGCUAUGAGAGUCCUGCCCGUGGUGGUCGGGGCCUUCCUGGUGUGUUGGACACCCUUCUUUGUCGUGCACAUCACACGGGCGCUGUGUCCCACGUGCGCCGUGUCCCCGCGGCUGGUCAGCGCGGUCACCUGGCUGGGCUACGUCAACAGCGCCCUCAACCCCGUCAUCUACACCAUCUUCAACGCCGAGUUCCGCAACGUCUUUCGCAAGACUCUGCGCCUCUGCUGCUGAGCAGACGCCCACCCGCCGCAGUUCCCCUGCCAGGACCCAGCCUUGCCUGGGGCUUUGUAGGCGGAGUUAAACAGAUCCCAAACACCAGCUGGGAAGGCUUCUGGCGGCAGGGCAGAGCAGGGCAGUGAGGCAGGGAGGAGGAGCCUUUACCCCUGGUGGAGCCCAAGCCUGCACUGACCACCCACCAUGGCCAG